ACCGGGGUUACUUGCGGAGAGUGGGAGGGGGGAGGGCUGUGGUAUGCACUGAGUGCUGGGUUUCCAGCAUUAUCAGCGUACAAACAAAGCCAAUUAGAACUUGAAACUCUUCCCUUCCCCUCUUCAGAGUGACAGAGGGUGAAGCUUCACUCCCACCACGAUUGCCCCUUUCCACCCCCUCUCUUUCACGCUCCUAUCUGGGCUCACUUUUAUCAGCGGCUUAUCAGUAAAUAAUUCCACCUGUUGCGCGGCUUGUGCGCCUGUGUGUGUGUGUGCGUGUGUGUGUAUAUGUAGAUAACUUGAGGUGAGGUAUCGCAUUAAGCAACGCUUGUGCUGCCUCACAAUUCUGGUCCCCAAAAAGCAAACUUUGCUUGUUUGCACUGCUCACCGCAGUACGCUGAAAUGGAAGUCCCAUUGCCAGCGGAUUUCGUAGAUAACCAAACUGAACUGAACUCAACAGAAACGAAAUAAAACCAAGCGAACACACACUUGUACACAUAGGGAGCGAUACAGAUACAGAUACAAAAACAGAGACGGCAGUUUGCUUCAAAUCUUAUCUUAAAACUUGACUCGACAGCGUCGCAGUGACGCAGACGCUUAGCAAUGCCGCUUCGAUUUCUCAGACUGCGUCAGUUUAUCGGGCAAUCGAUCAAGCGUUGAAGAGUUCGAUCGUUUAGUAACCGUUAUAGCACCUAUUGGCGAUCUUGUAAAAGAUAUUUAGAUGUUUUUUUAAGCUUUUUCAUAUAUGUAUCUUUAAUAUGUCCUUCUUAGUUUAAACCCAAAUCAUUCUUAAAUAGAUGAACUUUAUGAAGCUAUCCUGCCUCAUACUAUACAGAAUUGCAAUUUAAGGGUUCCUGAACAGGGUUUCCGCAUUUUUGAGGAUACAUAUGUUUAAUAUCCUUAUAACAAUAGGUUUUCCUUUUUGCCUAUCGAUCUUUGGUAAGCGAAAUUUUUCCAACUCCUUUCCCAUUUAUUUGGAGUUAUGUGACCCAUUCAUUAAUUAAAACCGCGUGGGCUUGCUUAUUUUCUUCUUCAGCUGCCCCUCUCUUUCAGUCUCUCUUUUGCACUCACACGUCAGCUCAACCCUUACUUUGUUGCAGCUUGAACGCGGCAAAAACAACAACUUUUAUUUAUAAACAGCGCUCAUUGUUGGGGGCCUCUCUCCGUUCCUCGCACUCGUUUUGUUCCUUGAUGGACUCUCUGCUCCAAGUUUUGCGUUCUCUUGCUCAGUUACUUACAUUACUGUUCUUAAGUCUCUUCUUCUUGCUGUUGCUUCGACUUCACUGGGGUUGUUGUUGUAAACUCGGUUUCAAGCUUUAAUUACGCCUCACACAUACACUCCGUUAAGGCUUCCAUGCUUGUGUAUGUGUAAACAGUUUAAGGUCGUGUGUGUGUGUACGAGGGGUUGGUGGGACUGGGAGGCAUAAGGGGCAGGGAGCUCAGUUCUUCUGCUAUUCCUAUUUUUGUUUGCCCAACGCCGACGUCGCUGCACUCCAACGGUACUUCUGAGCGUGCCCGAAUUCGAAUUCAAAUUCAUUCGAGCUUUGUGCCUCGUCGCUGGCGUUCGCGAAGUUUGUUGCUGGAUUCGUAUUCGUUUUCCCCACUCUCUCGUCGCUCUCUUUGGCCUGCCACCCACUUUUCUUCGCCCGCUCGCCGGCUUUGGCGCGGCCUCAAAACGAUUCGCUUUCUUACAGCUUCACGACGUCUUGCAAACGGAUAAAAAUGGAGAAGACUCCCCGGUACACGCAGCGGGAGCGGAACAUGGUGUUGGGCUACGCGGCGCAGUACAAGGAUGUGAUCGAGAACAAGCGAACGGACGCCGAGUCGAACCGCAAAAAGGACGAUGUCUGGACGGAGAUCGCCAAGGAGUUCAACUCGCGAGUCUACCACCAGCGCAGCGCCAAGCAGCUCCGCCAGCUGUACAAGAACAUGAAGCUGCUGCUCAAGAAGGACCUCUGCGGCGAGGACAAGAGCAACCACUCGUUCAUGGAUCUGCUCAACACGCUCUCGCAGCAGGAGUCCGUGGGUCAGUACAUCGCCGAGCAGCUCUCGCCGGAGGGCGCGGGCGGGGGAGGCGGCAAGCAGGGCGGCGCGGGAAACGGAGGCGGUCUCGGGAAUGGCCACCAUGCCGACGACUUUGACGACUCAAAGUAUCACUUGUUUUCCUCCCACUUGCAGAUGCCCCUUUAUCCCGAGGGCAUGGACACGGACGUAAUCCUCAUCAAGUCGGAGACGAUCAGCGACAACGAGCAGACGGACAACGGCAUGGACUGCCUGGACGACGAGGAUGACGACGACUGCCUGAGUCCCAAGGCGCCGGAGGUGUGCCUGGAGGAGGAGGACGGCCUGCUCUUUCCCACCGAUCUGCGCCAGUUGCAGCAGGUGGGCUCCGGUGCCGUCGGCGGCGGCGGCGGUGGUGUCUCCUCCACCUCGCUGCCGGGCGGCAAUGUGCCCAGCAACGGGAUCACGGACUCCGUGCGCCGUACCGCCAGCUCGCCCGUAUGCUCAACGAAGACCUCGGUGAGUUCCAGCGGCAGCUAUGCAUCGGCGCUCAAGCCGGACAUCCCUAUCGCGCCAGUGGGCCACAUUCGAGUGGGCAGCUUUGCCAACAUCAACAAGACGCUGCAGAACGGCGGCUCCAACGCCACGGGCCUGUCGGCCAGCAAUGGCGGCGCGAAUGCCAGUGGAGUGCUGCCCCUGACGGCGGAGCAAGUGCAGCAGCACACGCUCCUCAACGGCCUGGGUCUGUCCGCCGUCAAUCCGCCGCACUCCCUGCAGGCGGCCAUCAAUGCCGCCUACAUGACAGCACCCACUUCCUCGGUGGCCGCCAGCAGUCGCCGCACCCCGCCCACUUUGCAACUGCCACGGCUCCAGCGCGGGAACAAUAGCAACAACAAUGGCAGCGGCAACAACAGCGCUGGCAACACCAACAACUCCUCGCUGGCCGGCAAUGGAGUGCAGCUCCUGCUCAAUGGCAACCACCACGGACAGCAGUCGCACCACCCGCUGUCGCGGGACAAGACGGGCGGUGUGGCCAUCGGGGCGGCGGGCAGCUUCAACGGCUACAACGGACUGGCAGUGGCAGUUCCGUGCGGCACUUUAAACAGCAGCCGAAGUGCAACCGGAACCGGAAGCGGCGGCAGCAGCGCGAACAGCAGCGGCGUGGGCCUGGGCGUGGGCGUAGCCGCCAACAGUGCGACGAGCGGCAGUCCAAGCUGUGGAUCGAAGAGCCAGCACCACGAGCUAAUGAACUCGCUGAGAAUCGAGGAGAGUCGGCGCAAGAUCGACCUGAUCAAUGCCCAAAUCGAGUACUGGCAGACGUUGACCCGCAAGCUUAACAGUCAGACGGGGCACGUUCCGAAUCCCUCGUGUCCGUGCCACUUCCCGGGCGCCAACGUUCUCUCGCCCGCCACACCAGCUCCCGCUGGGCCAUCAUCGUCCUCGUCCGCCUCCGCCAACGUGCUGCAAACGCAGGCUAGCACCAGCUAGUCCGCAGCGAAGGGCCGGGGGGCCGGGGGCGACACCAGCGACAUCAUCUCCAUAGUGGACAUAGAUGAUGAGCGGUCUGAGGAGGAAGAGCAGUCGGAGGACGAGGACCACGCCAUAACGGAUCUGACGCUGCCCGGUGUCGAGAUCGAGGACGAGGACGAGGACGUAAACGAUGAAGAUGACUCACAGGAUGCCUUGGCCAAGGAUGUGGGUGUGGUGGGCGGCCUAUCGCCGCCACGUUCGUCGCCACACUCCCCGGCGCCACCAGUGAAGCGCUUUAAGCGCCAGGAAACCACCUCUGAGCUCCUGCGGCAGCUGGCCCUGCAGCAGCAGAAUGAGGAUCCCUAGGAGGGGUGCUAGUAUUUCAUCUAGUUUGCAUGCCGCAUGCAGCAUCUUUUUUGUCCUAACCAUUUUAUUAUACAUUAACAUAUAUUUAUUUACGCCUAGUUUUGAGUGCCAAACAGAAAGAUAGGAGCCUUGCCAUCGAGAAUGCUUGCCAAAGGACCUGCUGAUAAACAGGUCACAACCACUCGCAAACCGCUAUUUAUUUGCUAACCUAACUUAAUUUAAGUGUUCGACUAUUUUCAUUCUGUUUAUUUACGUAAUGAGCCACCUAUUUUUUAUUUUUUUUUGUUUUAUGAAUAGUAUGUGUAAUGUUAAGUUUAAGAGCUGUAACCAAAAAGAAGAAGAAGGAGGAUAUCUUGACUUUGUACAUUUACCUUAAAAUUAGAACUACUUAAUUAGAACGGAGAAUUAAGAGAACACAAAGAACGAAAACUGUACAAAUGUGGUUCCUAUUCUAGUCCCUAAACGAAAGAGUGAAGAAACGAGGAGGAAAGCUGAAAUGUAAUGCUUAGCCGUGAACUUGUGUAUUAUUUUUUAUAUCAACCCAGAGAGUUCCCUGUUUGUGACCCAAAAAAAAACCAUCCAAAGAACUAUAGCUAAUUUGAUGUACUUAAAGGAUCAGCGAAACCAAAACAAAAUAGUCUGUAUAGAUAAACGAAGAUGGAGAGAGGCGGUCCAGAGAUAAAGGUAUGAAAUUGCUAGUCGUCGUUGCAUAACUUUAUUUUAAUGUAGCAUACAAGCCGUUUAGUUAUUGCUAAUUGUACGUGUAAAAUAAAAAUAAUUGCCUACCCAGUUACCACAAUUUACAAGGAAACACACACCAAACCAAAAGUAAAAUCUAAGAAAAAGAGCAAAAAAAAAAAUUUAUACAACUUUUGUAAACGAAAAUUAUUAAUAAAACAAUGAAUUUACUUUGUGGCCUA